AUGAGAGAAUUCGAACGAAUUAAGCGAAUUAUAGAUCUUGUUUCUCAAUUGUGGACAUACGAUCAUACUUUAACAUUGGGAAGACUAUUGGAAAAAUGGAUUUGGACAGAUUGGAUAGAAUCUCGAGGAGAUAUUUUUCAUCCUGAAGAUACUCAAACUGAACAACGUUUAAAUGAAGCUAUCAAACGGGCUCAAAGUUCAUCAACAUCACCUUCUGAACUCACUGAACUUCAGAAAAAUAUAAUUAAUAAAAUUGAAGAACUUUGGCCUCUUGUACCUGAUCAACGUUUUGGACAAUUCCUUUCAAAUUAUGCUUUUGGUCAUUUCAUGAGUCAUCCACCUAAGAUGAUGCUUCAACAAAAUGAUGAAACUAUUCUUCAAGCAAUGCAACAAUGCUUCGUCAAAUGA